AUGGAAUCCUCCAAAGUAUUUAUCUUGUUGUUUUCUCUCUCUGCUAUCCAGGUCGCGCUUGUAAAUGGUACUGAAUUUCAAGUUGGUGGCAAAAGCAAGGGAUGGGAGGUCCCUAAAUCAAAGAAUGACCAAGAUAUAUACAACGAAUGGGCCUCUACGAACAGGUUCAAAGUUAAUGACACCCUCAAUUUCAAUUACAAGAAAGACGGGGACUCAGUUAUGGUGGUGACGGAACCCGAGUACGAAAAAUGUCAUUCUGAUAAACCGAUUUUCAUGUUUAAAGGCGGUGAUUCAGUCUUCAAAUUGGAUCGGCCUGGUUUGUUCUACUUCAUUAGUGGGACUGCCAGCCACUGCGAGAAGGGGCAGAAGAUGAUUGUCAAGGUCUUGGGAUCACCAGCAGCUGAAACAGAAAGCCCACCGCCUGCUCAAUCGGCAACGCUGAAUGCAACUGAAGCACCGGCGCCGGCUCAUGAUCAUGCGAAUCAUGAGAAGAAGAACAAUGCAGUUACAAUGCAUGGUGCAGCUGCCAUCACUUUUACAACUGCUUUAUUGUCAUUUCUUUGUCUUUUUGUUCUAGCUUAG